AUGCCGCCCAAGAAGACGGAGGCGGCCUUGCUCGCAGACGUCGCAGAGCAUCGUCGGUGGGCGACUGCCAAUUUGACGGCCCUGAGAGCACGGGGCGGCAUCGGCUUGAAGGCGAAGCUUCAGCAGAGGGCGGGGCUCGAGGAACAGCGGAUUUACAAGUGGUACGUGAAGCACGCGGGCGUCGCAUCUGAUCAUCCGACAGUUGCCGCUGCCCUGUCGGAGCUGGACGCCCUGGUCAAUGACUCCCUCGGCCCGGCAGCGUCGGCGUGCCCCGACGACGCCCCGCCGGCAAAGCAAAGGCGCCUGACCGAGAGGGGUGGCGAGGCUGCUGCCUGCGCGGCGCCGUUGCAGGGCGAGUCACGGCCUGGCCAGUCGACGCCGGCAGCUCGAGGGGUUGUCCCGACGGCUUGCUCGGCUGGACACGGCCCGGCGGCUGCAGCAGCGGCCAAGGCGUCUCCCGCUUCAACGCCGCCCAUCGGCAUCGAAGAGACCCCGGCGAAGAGGCCUCGCCUGUUCGCCGACGGGCUCGGUGCGACGCCCGCGCAGACCACCGGCGGCCUGACGCCUGCCACCGCGGAGGCCUUGGCAAGGUCGUGCCGCAAGAGCCCGUGGGAGUCCCCGUUGGUCGACGAUUCCGUGAGGCUUGCUCACCCAGGGAAUCCCGCGAGAGGUGCCUCGCGGCCCGUCGAGCGGCCGCGCUUGCGCCCGCGGGAAGAGGAGCGCCUCCUGGCGGCAGUGCCGCGGAAAGCUGUGAAAGAUCUGUACGUGCACGUCCGCGAUGAGGCUCUGCGCCUAGGCAACGGAGAGUACCUCCCACAAUGGCGCGAGAACAAGCCAAAGUAUCGACAGCUGAACUACGUGUGGAAUUUGCACCAGCACGGCGAGCUCCAGGCGGCCGAGUACGCUCUGUUGGCGCACCAGCCUCACAUUAUUGGCCCAGAGCUCUUCGGCGCAGUGGAGAAGGUGGAGUGCCCCGCCGCAGUGAUCCCCUCGAGCAGCAGCGCCUGGCGGUGGACUUUCAAGCCGGCAGGAGUUGACGUGGAAGGACCGCAGGUGGAAUCUCGGGCCGACGCGGCGCGAGCCCUGGCCGGGCUGCAGGCGCGGCUGUGCCCCGAGUGGCAUCACCCAGGCACUCGCGAGCAACACCUCCGCGCCCUGCUGCGCGACGACGACCGGCAGCAGCAGAUGCGCGGCCUGCUCGCUCAGCCUGGCAUGCGGUUCGCCAGAGCGGCCGUGCUGGGAGCAGCCGCGUCAGCGCCCCGAGACGGCCGCGCGGGCGCCGCUGGCUUCCCCAACCUGACAAACACGUGCUACAUCAAUGCCGUGGUGCAGUGCUUGUACCACACGCACCCCUUCCGCGCAGACAUCGAGGGCAUGCAGCCGGGCGCCAGCAACAUGGGGGACCGCCUGCGGGACUUGUUCUGUGCGCGCAGCUCCCCUGCUUCCACGGCCGGCGACAUUCGCCCGCCGUUGGUGGCCCUUGUCCGCCAGAUCUUGCAGCAGCCGCCAGGCUUUGAGUCCGGUCGCCAACAGGACGCGGCGGAGUGCCUGAUGCGCGUCCUCGAGCACGCGGACCUCGGAGGAGUGCGGCGCCGCGUCUGCGGGGACGGCGCAGCCGCGAGCGUCGAGGGCAUGGUGCACUGCUGCGCGGCCGAGGAGGCCCAGGUGGGUCGCGAUGCGCCGCCUGUGCCCAUGGCCGCCAUGAUCCAGGCGUCCCUCACGGGCGAGCAGGCCGUCCGUGAGGCUUCGGAGGCAGUGGUCCUCCGCGUGGAGAGCAUGUACGAACAGGAUGGCAGACAGUUCGCGGUGGACGCGCGGGCGGACUGGCGGGACACUGUCUUCCCCGUCAGCAUUCUCAACGGAGACGCCGUUUCUUACGAGGUGGCGGCCUUCGCGCAGCACCGCGCCGCGCGCGGCGUACCACCUCUGCAGCGGAUGCGCGGCGGCCACUACGUCGCCUACGUCAACAAGGGCGGGCGCUGGUUCGAGCUCGACGAUGCCGUCGUGACGGAGCUGCCUGAGCCGCCUGACGCGUAUCCGUACUUGGUCUUCCUGGCCCGCGCGAGGCCCAGACGGUCGAUUCCGAUGGGCGGGAAGCGGCGCGACCCUCGUGGGCCUGACGACGCUCUGGAGGCUGCUGCCAGGCUGUCGCGAGUGAUGCCUGCGGCGUCGGGAGGGGCCGCUGCUGGCUUAGCAUCCGGAUCGGGCAGCGGCAGCCGCGGCUUGCCACAGGCUGCAGGCUCAGCGGCUGGUCAAGGCCGGACAGGCAGGGACUGGAGUGGCAGAGACCAGUCUGGUAGAGACGAGACUGGAAAGGACCAGACUGGUAGGAACCGCAGCGGUCAGCCAAGGGGCAUUGCUGGAGUGCACCCAGCUGCCAGGGCCGUCUGGAACGCUUCAGCUGCCGCGGACAACAGAGACCACACCCGGGCAGACCCCGAGAACAGCGCGGACAACCCUUUCAAGCGGUACGUGGAUAACUGGGAUCUGCGACGCACCAGCGCAGAUGUGAAAUGCCGCACCUGGUCGCAGAGGGCCGAGCCGUCGGGCCCCCAGCCGUGCCGGCUCUGCCAGGGCCGAGACUUCGCGUUCCGCGAAGAUUGGAAGAAGCACGUGGACGACGAGCACGGUGGCGUCCAGCGCUACCGCAACGCUCUCUUCUCGUCGCUGUCGCUGAAGCCCUAUGUUGUCAAGGGAGAGGAGUGGCGCGCGAUCGUGGCCAAUUAUGCGGAGUUCUACGCCAGGGCCGCCGUGGACUGGGAGAAGCCGACUGAGCGCAUGCGUGAGCUCGCUCAGACUCCCGAGGGGUUGUCUGCAGAUGAGCGCUGGGCGCCCCGGACCCGCUGUGCGUGCGUCUUCUGCGCCAGGCUGCGCUGGUCCGAGGACCUCUCCUUGGAGUUCCUAGCAGGCAAGGACUGCUUCAUGAAGAACCCCGAGGCCGUGGCCAAGCUGUUGUCUUGGGAGGUUUACCGCAAGCACUGGCCCGACAUCCCCGAGGCCGAGCUCCGCGCCUCCGCCGUGCGUCUGCGCAUUGGGAACACGGACACAUUCCAACUUGUCCUCAUGCACAAGCGGCGGGUGACGGAUGCGCAGGCGUUGGGCGACGAGCGGGCCCCGGUGUGCGAGGAUUGCCUGUACGCGUUCUCUCCCCGCCACCCGCGCAUGUGCAAGUUCACCUUCGCUAACCACUUGUGGCUCGGCAGGAAUGACCCGCUCUUCCGCAAUGCCAACUUGUCGCACCAGAUGCUCCUCGCACUCGCCCGCGUCGCGACGACCAAGGUGGUGCUGCGCCCCGAGAGCUACGACAAGCAGCGCAGCGGCGACGGGCCCACGUGGGACUUCCUCUUCCACCAGACGGGCAUGGUGGGCUCCGCAAUCCUCUUCGGGAACGCGUCGUGCAAGGAGGCCAUGGAGCGUUUCCCUCCGGCUUCCAUCAAGGGCGCCUUCGCGGUGACUUUCCUGGCAGCCAAGCAGGACGCGGCGAAAGAGCAGCCGCCAGACGGCUCGGAUAAUGCAGCGGGACAGUGGCGCCGCGAGGGUCUGGCUGGCGACGCCGCCAGGCAGCAGGACGCCGCCCGGCGCGCCGUCCGGGGCAUCGCGCGCCUCAAGGUGAACCGCGCAGAGUUUGACUCGCAGGCGCAAGCGCUGCAGUCCACGAACGUCGUCUACAAAGACAAGGAUUACGACGAGGCGCUGGUUGCCCAGUGGUGCCCCAACCCGCUGAUUCCUGAGGUGCCCCCGGUGGUGUUGGACAGCGUCGUGGCCGUGCCGUUGGAGGAUUCGCCCGGCGCCGUCGUGGCCGCGGGACCAGCCGACGCCACGGCGGCCGGGGCGCAGGAUAUGGAAGACGCAGACGUUCAGGCGUGCAAGGAAUCCCGGUACGUGAGCGCGUUCAGCGAGGAGGACAUCCCGGGCGCGGCCGCCUCGGCGGGGGCCUUGGAGGUGACGGCGCUGAUCAAGCAGCUGGAGGAGCUGGACGCGACAGCGCAGCGCUCCGUGGCCAAGGAGACAGAGCACGCCAUCGAGUCAGGCAGCGCGCUGCUGGACGAGGCGGGCAGGGAGCGAGUCUUGCAGCUCUGCGAGUCCGUUCGAAACCGCGCUGCUCGGUUGUCGCGCCCGGAGCGGGAGCUGCGGCUGCAGGAGGACCUCGCGCGCGCCGCGCUGGGCGAACCGGUCAGGCCUCGACAGGCGGGGGGGGCCGAGGCGACCAUGGCGAACCUCGAGGUGACGCGCGGCACGGCGCCCCUGUCGCUGUUCGAUUGGAAGGUGUGGACGCAGGCGCGCCCGAGCCUGUGGCGCUACGGCGACGCCGGUCACCUGGACCCGAAACGAACGGGGACCUACCCGCAGUUGCUCGCCCACGAGUGGAUCACGUGCCUGUGCAUGCGGGAGGAGAUGGAGUACACUCUGGACACCGACGAGGAGAAGCCGUACCGCGUGCGGGAGAACGACGACGAUCCAGAGGUCAACCGGUUCGCGGCGGACUGGGUGUCGUUGCACAUGUUCGCCACGUUGCACUUCUUGACGGAGCGCCACCAGUCCGCCUUCGCCUUCCUGAAGAACGGAGGCAUGAAGUGGGCCGAGAAAGUGCAGCACCUCACGCCGGAUGCCCUGGCGGCGGCCGCCCGCGCUCACGCGGGUGGCGGCGGCGUGGCGGCUUUGGCAAGCAACGCCAACGUGCCCAACGUGGUUCGGGACGCCCUGAACAUCAUGCAGAUGGCCGUCGCGGACGUUGUCGGCACCGACGGACAUCGGCGCCUCUGCCGCCACGAGGGGGUUGCCUACAUGGCGCUCUUCGGGUGCCCCUUGAUCUUCGCCACCCCGAACGUAGCGGACACGAAGCAGCCACUGUUCGUCAGGGUGGAGGGCCAGGAGAUCCCGCUCGACGACCGGAGCAUUCCAGGCCUGCGCAGCGACGUCAUCCCAAAGUACCGAGACAUGAUGCGGCGCGUCGCCCAGGACCCGGUCGGCCAGACCGUGUGCUUCGAGCUCAUCAUGCGCCUCUUCUUCAUCCACGUCCUCGGCGUCCGCCCCGAGUGCGUGGGCGGCCGCCGGCGCGGCGUUCCUCCCAGGAAACGCUGCUCCUGGGACUGGUGCACCGACGGCGUGGCGGCGUCCUCGACCGCCCCGGGGAUCUUUGGGCCCGUGCAAGCUUUCCGCGGAGAGAUCGAGGCGCAAGGUCGGGGAUCGCUCCAUCCGCACAUCCUGGUGUGGUUGUGCGCCCUCUCGACGCGGCAGCUCGUGCACCGCCUGGGCAAGUGGAUGAGGGCGUGCGUCAUGGCCGUGGAGAGCACCUGCCAGAGUUCCGUAGAGGUGUUGCCGCGGCGUUUCGGGCACGUCGACCAGCGCGUGGACCCGCUGCCAUUCUCUGUCAUCGAACGAUUCCAGUCGCGCUUCGACGGGGGCAGCGAGCUGGACGCGCUCCGCGAAGAGAAGCAGGCGGGCGCGGAGCUGACCGAGGACCAGGAGACCUUCCUGGAGACCGAGGACCGGGACUCCUGGCUCCGGCCCGAUCUGCCGUUGCGGGACGCCACGGGCCGCGAGUUGGCGCCGGGGGAGAAGGCACCGCCGCGGCCGUCCUCAUACGGCAUGCCCAUCGAUGCUUUCGCCGUGGGGAAAUGCCCCGCGUACCGGCGGCGCGGCCUCGUGCAGCAAGACACCGGCGCGGGCGAGCCGGCGGCCCGCGGGGUUGUCCCAACGGUCUGCUCGGACGCGCCCGCGGCUCAGUCGGGGCAGCAAG